AUGAGUGGAAAUAAUAUCAAAGUUGUCGUACGUUGUAGACCUUUAAAUGCUCGAGAAAAGGCUCGAGGUGCGCCUUGUCUUAUUCGUAUGGAGGGCAACAAAACCAUCAUUAGUAAACCACCUGGUUCAACAGAAGAUCCUAAAGCAUUUACAUUUGAUCAAUCUUAUUGGUCUGCGGAUAAAGACGACGACGAAUACGCAGAUCAGGAACGUGUUUAUAACGAUCUUGGCAGAGAACUACUCGAUCACGCAUUCAACGGAUACAAUUGCUGUAUAUUUGCCUACGGACAAACGGGCUCUGGUAAAUCUUAUUCUAUGAUGGGUUACGGUGAAGAUAAAGGUAUCAUUCCAAGAACUUGCUCAGAAUUGUUCGAUCGCAUCCGCUCUGCAAAGACAGACACAUUAAACUUUCAAGUGGAGGUGUCCUACAUCGAAAUCUACAACGAAAAGGUCCGAGAUUUGUUGAAUCCUCGCAACAAGAGCAACCUCAAAGUAAGAGAACAUCCUACCUUAGGUCCCUAUGUUCAAGAUUUAUCCCGCUUGGCUGUCAAUUCUUUUGAAAAUAUCGAUCAACUGAUGGAUGAAGGCAACAAAGCCCGUACUGUUGCAGCUACAAAUAUGAAUGAGACAUCCUCUCGCUCUCAUGCUGUAUUCACUAUAUUCGUUACGCAAAAGAUAUUAGAUCCUGCCACAAAACAAGUUACUGACAAAGUCGCUCGUAUAAGUUUGGUAGAUUUAGCUGGUAGUGAGCGUGCCAACAGCACUGGCGCGACGGGUGUGCGGUUGAAGGAAGGUGCCAACAUUAACAAGUCUUUAACCACACUUGGUAAAGUGAUUGCAGGUCUUGCUGAGCAAGCUUCUGCUGAAUCAACAAACAAGAAGGUCAAAAAACCAAAAGAAGCGUUCGUACCUUUCCGUGAUUCCGUCUUGACGUGGCUUUUGAAGGAUUCUCUGGGCGGUAACUCGAAAACCUGCAUGAUUGCUGCUAUUUCACCAGCCGAUUACGAUGAGACCAUCAGUACAUUACGUUAUGCUGACCAAGCCAAGAAGAUCAAGACUAAAGCUGUUGUAAACGAAGAUCCAAAUGCCAAGGUGAUGCGCGAAUUAAAGGACGAAGUUGAUGCUUUGCGUCAAGCUCUCAUGGUAUAUGCACCAGAAGAAGUGGAAAAGAUUCAAGCGAUUGCACAUCCAACGAAAAAACGAGCAUCUACACCAGCUGCCAGUGCAGCUGCUCCCACGGUUGCUAAGAUUGCAAGGCCAAAAUCAUUAUCGCCGCAGUCUCUACCAGCAAAUUCGAAAUCUACCGUCGUCUUUACCGAUGCUUCUGGCAAUACAACGCAACUCACCAAAGAAGAAAUGGUGGAGCAGCUGCAAAUGACAGAGAAACUGCUCGGUGAUUUGAAUCAAACAUGGGAAGAGAAGCUCCACAACACCGAGAAAAUCCAUAUCGACAGAGAGAAAUCACUCAAACACCUUGGUAUCACAAUCGAAAAGAACAAUGUUGGCCUGUAUACGCCUAAAGAGGUGCCUUAUUUGAUCAACUUGAACGAAGACCCACUCAUGUCAGAAUGCUUAAUGUACAAUAUCAAGCCUGGCAUCACGCAUGUAGAUCAAGAUCUCGUAGACGACGACGUGGGAGAAAGAACAGAUGGAAGUGGAUCCAUUCGUUUGAGCGGAAGCAACAUCAACAAGAAUCACUGCUAUUUCGAAAAUACAGACGACAUUGUCACAUUGUACCCUCGCCUCGAUUGCACUACCAUGGUAAACGGCAUGCGUAUCUCAGAACCCAAGCGUCUUCAUAGUGGAUACCGUAUCAUUCUGGGCGAUCACCAUGUGUUUCGCUUCAACAACCCUGGAGAAGCACUCAAAGAACGUGAGCAGCAGCAGCAGCAGCAACAACCUAGCAGCAGAGCCGAUAGUCCGUGUGCACCACCAUCUCCCAUCUCAUCAGGCGAUGCUGUUGUGCCUCCACCUUUGAACGAAGUAAUGGACUGGAAUUUUGCUCGUCGUGAAGCCAUGCUCAAUACGUACAUCAGCGACUCUAAUUUUGAAAACUUCACCAACGAGGACCUCGACAAACUGUUUGACGAUGUUGCCAAAGUGCGAGUCAUUCGUAAACGCCAAUCCGCAUCCUCAGACACGCUUUCACGUCGCACAUCAUCCUCGUCUUCUGUCCGCCGUAGCAACUACUCUACCACGGCAUCCUCUGUAUUUUUGGACGACGAUAAUACCUACUAUACAACCGACACCAGCACAGUGUCCUCCUCUUCUUCACUGCUGGAGCAAGACAUGGAUUUUCAUCGCAAAAGAUACGAAGCCAAGCUCCUCCGUCUGUCCCGUCGUAUGUCAUAUUCACCUCAGCAGCCCCUUGAAUUCACACCACAAGAGCGUAUUGCCGUGCAGAAAGUGGCUGAUCAUUGGAGACGUCAACGCAACGUGGCUAUGGCUCAGGUAAUGCUGACGCACGAUGUCUAUGUUCGCCAAGCCAAUGUAUUGGCCACCAAGGCCAACAAGGACGUUUUCUACCAAUAUGCCGUUGUCCAUGAUGAUGUCUCUGCGCAAGCCAUGUCGUACAAUGAUACUGAUUUACUCAAAGCUGCCAAACCUUGCAUCGCUGUGCAAGUGGUCGAUAAAAAGCAUGGCGCCGUCUACGUUUGGUCUAUCGAAAAGUUCAUGGCUCGUCUUCGUUAUCUGACGGCUGCCUCCUAUAGUGAUGAUGCCAAAAAGUACAUUAAAGGUGAGGAUGUCUUCUACGAUGUACCUGAAUUCACGUUGCUGGGUCUGGCCAAGGUCCCCUUGCGUAACCUAGCAACCCAAGUGCCUGUGGAGAGUAUCUUGUCAGUACAUUGUCGUAGCACAGGUCGACUGAUGGGACACCUAAAAGUGCUGAUUUCACCUAUUGCUCGCUCUGUGCGUCAUCCCUAUCAACAAGAUGCCAUCAUGGAAGACGAAGACCCUCGCAAGUUGCUGCAUGUUGGACAGCAACUGGUGUUUGAAAUCGUCGUACUCGAGUUGAGUGGCCUGAAUCCCAAGCAAUUCUCCCGCGCCCAUGCCCAAUUUCGAUUAUCUACCUUUGGCAGCCAUUUGGAUGGUGUGUUUGCCGCUGAUACGACAGAUGUUACCGAAGAACCCAUUCAAUUCAACUACCAUCAAACACUGUCCAUGGCUAUCACAGAGGAAAUGCUGCAUAUCAUUGAGACCCAAGAUAUCUCAUUUGAAGUGUUUGGUAAGCCUUGUCAAGACUACCUACAAGAGUUGAUUAUCAAGCAAGACGCUGACGAAGCGCACAAGAUGAUACCAUCCAAGUCAUCAGAAGAUGUUGUUGCUCAUAUCCAAAUACGUGAAAUUACGCCUGAAGGCGACUACAAGCCAGUGCCUGUGGAGUCACCUCAUGUAUCUGCUGGUGAAAUCCUUGGUCAGCACGAUACCUUCUCUUUGCAGCAAGGCCAACAACGCCGUGUCGUCCUAUCGCUUUCAAGCACAGCAGCACUCGAUAAGAUUGUCGAUUUGCGUAUUGGUCACAUCCGUCUCGUAGACAACAAGCAUCGUGUGGUGGAGUCUCCUAAUACCAGCAAUGCUGACAUUCCACUCAACAUCAUUUCCAGCACACAUGUCGACAACAAAUGCACUGUGGAUUGCGCUUGGGACAGCUCUUUGCACGAUACUCGUUUGUUGAACGCCAUCACCUCCAAUGCUCAGAAAGUAGCACUGACACUGACCUGGGCUGUCCGCUGCCCUGACUCCAUGCUGUAUUUCGAAAAGGACAUUUACGUACACAUCAAGGAUCAACAGAAAGCUGCUAAUAUCAAGAAAAAGACGCCCAGCAAGCGUUCCUCUGUGAUUCUCAAUUUCUUUACCAAAUCAGCACCUAUCAAGAUCCAAAUCACAUGCUUGUAUGUAGUGCAUUACAAACCUGAUUUGAGCGGUGGCCUGGAUUUACCCUGGGUGGCUGCACCAGCUCGUGUUUUGUGCCAAAAGCAGCGUCGAGAAAUGCAACGCAGGGAACAAGUAGACGCACUGCGGUACGCUCUCUUCUUGACAGAACAAUUGGAUCGUCUGUGUGGCUCUACAGUGACAGCAAAAGCAACCUCUAUGACCGCACAAGAUGUGAUAGACCUUUGGACCAAAAAGAACAAGAGAAUGACAUGCGAUGAUCCAGCCCUCUCACAAGAUACAUUGAUCAAGCCCACUGUGCGUCGCUGGAUACCUCAAAUUCAUCAAAUAUCUAUACCUGUCAUUGAAGACUACACAAAAAAGGGCUUUCUGAUGCGUAAAAACGACUCCAACAACAGUGAAGCCUGGGAUAAAUACUGGUGUGUGCUGACUGGACAAUAUCUCUUCUUGUACCUCGAUCAAUCCGAGAUCAAUGAGAUUGAUAUCCUCAACAUCAAAGGCGUACACAAAGAGGACGCUAAAUUUGAUGCCAUGAAAUCCAAAACCUUCUUUACAAUUGAUACCCUAUAUGAUUCACAUACCUUCCAGGCACCCGAUAAUUCAGCAAUGAAUGAGUGGCUUACUAUGAUAGCUUAA